UUGUUAAUUAUUUCAUUUUGUAUAUAUUUGUUAAUAGUGAUAUGGAUAUUAGUGGUUAGGUUAUGGCUGGGCUAUUCCUAUUGUGGAUGGCCUAAGUAAGUUUUAUUUAGUGGAUAUAUAAUGCGGAGUAUAGCCUAGCUUCUAGCUAAGUAUCUGCCAUAAUAUUUCAAUGGCUGUGAAAAUUAUAGAGAGCUACUCCGUCUCGCCGCCUUCCGGCACCGCCGCUGAGCAGACUUUCCAUCUUCUACAUUUCGACAUGAUAUGGCUCGACUUCGUCCUCACCGAGACUCUCUACUUCUACCCCCUCAAAUGCUCCCAAUCUCAUUUCUUGGACACCAUCAUCGGCAAUCUCAAACACUCUUUAUCACUCACUCUCAAACAUUUCCUUCCACUCUCAUCCAAAAUCAUCUUCCCCCUCUCCUCCGCCGCCACGCCCGUUUCCCGAUACACCGCCGGCGACUCCAUCUCCCUCACCAUCGCCACGUGUGACAAUGACUUCUCUCACGUGGUGUCCAACCGUCCCAAGGCUGCAGACGGACUCCAUCACCUGGUCCCACAAAUGCCGGCGGCUGCUUACUCCUCCGACGAGAUCAAAUUCAGCCCCCUCGCUAUUCAACUCACCUUGUUACCCAACCAAGGGAUCUGCAUCGGCUUCACACACCACCACUCCAUUUGCGACGCCACCAAUCUCUCCGCCUUCGUCCACACCUGGGCUUCCAUCAACAAAUCCAACGUCAUCAAUCAGCUGCCUUUCUACGGCCGAGAUUCCGUUCAAGAUUCAACCAAACUAACCAUAUCCUAUUGGAAUCAGUUCAAGACGAUUAGGCCGACGGUUUCACUAACACUUCCAUUGCCUUCAGAUAAAGUCCGAGCAACAUUCCACCUAACUGAUUCCCAAAUCGACAAGCUCAAGACCUUGGUCAUCAUAAAAAAACCUUCUAUAGGCCGUCCCUCGACUUUCGUGGUGGUGUGCGCUUAUCUCUGGAGCUGCCUUGCCAAGUCGGCCGGAGAGGUGGUGGAAAACGGCGACGAGACGGAGUACUUAAGCUCUCCCGUCAAUUGCCGUCAGCGGCUUGAUCCGCCACUUCCGGAGAACUACUUCGGCAACUGCUUGAUUCACAUGAUCGCUGUUUCAAGCCAUGGAAUACUCAAAGGGGAUGAGGGGUUUGCAGCUGCUGCGGAGGCGGUUGCGGCUGCUGUUAAGUCUGUUCAGAAAAGAACAAGUGUGUUGGAAUAUUUCGAGAGACGAUCAGAGAUAAUUUCGGAAUUGAAAGGGAAGAGGUUGGUUAGGGUUGCAGGAUCAUCAAAACUCGAUGAAUAUGGUGCAGAUUAUGGAUGGGGGAGAGCAGUUAAGUAUGAAUGCAUUCAUACAGACUUUCAUGGAGCUGUUAAUAUAUGUAAGGCAAGACAAGGAGGAAUCGAGCUGGGCUUCUCAAUGUCGAAGGCUAAGAUGGAUAGUUUUGUGGAUGUGUUUAACAAAUACUUAUACAUCAAUAGCAAUUUGUAAUUUUCUGUUUAUUUUCCAACUAUUCUCCAACGAAGGAGAAAAUACAAAGUUGGAAGUUGUAUCAAA